GGCCCGCUUCUCUGGCCGGGUCGAAUUGGAGAAGCAGCGGCGACCUCGGCCUCCAGCAUCUCCGGAGAGCUGAAGCAGCAGCGGCGGCGGCGGCCUCGGGAUGGUGUUGCUGGGCUUAUUGCAGGCGGGUGGGUCGGUGUUGGGGCAGGCGAUGGAGCAGGUGACCGGUGGCAACCUUCUAUCCAUGCUGCUGCUCGCCUGCGCCUUUACGCUCAGCCUCGUCUACCUCUUCCGCCUUGCUGUCGGUCACCUGGCCCCUCUACCUGCUGGGGCGAAAAGUCCACCAUACAUUUUUUCCCCAAUUCCAUUCCUGGGACAUGCCAUAGCAUUUGGGAAAAGUCCAAUUGAAUUCCUAGAAAAUGCAUAUGAGAAGUAUGGACCUGUUUUUAGUUUUACUAUGGUGGGCAAGACGUUUACUUACCUUCUGGGGAGUGAUGCCGCUGCACUGCUUUUUAAUAGUAAGAAUGAAGACCUGAAUGCCGAGGAUGUUUAUAGCCGUCUGACAACACCUGUAUUUGGGAAGGGCGUCGCCUAUGAUGUACCAAAUCCAGUUUUCUUAGAGCAGAAGAAAAUGUUAAAAAGUGGCCUCAACAUAGCCCAUUUUAAACAGCAUGUUUCUAUAAUUGAAAAAGAAACAAAGGAGUACUUUGAAAGUUGGGGAGAAAGUGGAGAAAAAAAUUUGUUUGAAGCUCUUUCUGAGCUUAUAAUUUUGACAGCUAGUCAUUGUUUACAUGGAAAGGAAAUCAGAAGCCAACUCAAUGAGAAGGUGGCACAACUGUAUGCGGAUUUGGAUGGAGGUUUCAGCCACGCAGCCUGGCUACUGCCAGGUUGGCUCCCUUUGCCUAGUUUCAGGCGCAGAGAUAGAGCUCAUCGAGAGAUGAAGAAUAUAUUUUACAAGGCAAUACAGAAACGCAGAAAUUCCGAAGAAAAAAUAGAUGACAUCCUCCAAACUUUACUUGAUUCUACUUACAAAGAUGGGCGUCCUUUGACAGAUGAGGAAAUAGCUGGCAUGCUUAUUGGACUGCUCCUGGCAGGGCAGCAUACCUCCUCAACUACUAGUUCCUGGAUGGGCUUCUUUUUGGCCAGAGACAAAGCACUUCAAGAAAAAUGUUAUCUAGAACAGAAAACAGUUUGUGGAGAGGACCUCCCUCCUUUAUCUUAUGAUCAGCUCAAGGACCUAAAUUUACUGGAUCGCUGUAUAAAAGAAACAUUAAGACUUAGACCUCCUAUUAUGACCAUGAUGAGAAUGGCCAAAACUCCUCAGACUGUAGCAGGGUAUACCAUUCCUCCAGGACAUCAGGUGUGUGUUUCUCCCACGGUCAACCAGAGACUUAAAGAUUCAUGGAUUGAACGUCUGGACUAUAAUCCUGACCGUUACUUACAGGAAAAUAAUCCAGCAUCAAGAGAGAAAUUUGCCUACAUACCAUUUGGAGCUGGACGUCAUCGUUGUGUUGGAGAGAAUUUUGCCUAUGUUCAAAUUAAGACAAUUUGGUCCACUAUGCUUCGUCUAUAUGAAUUUGAUCUCGUUAAUGGCUAUUUUCCUGCUGUGAAUUAUACAACCAUGAUUCACACCCCUGAAAACCCAGUUAUCCGAUACAAAAGAAGGUCAAAAUGAAACAGACUGCAAGGAACUGAAAAGUGAAACAUCAGUGUAAUCUACAAAAGCAUUGGAAGAGAAUGGAGUUUACAAAUGACUUACAGUGUAUUACUCUUUUUUGAGUGUGGAAUUUAAAAUAGGCAUCUGUAGCUACUAGUUUUUAUAUUAGCCGAAUGGUUUCAUCAAAUCUAAAGGUAUUUCAGAGAUUUCCUAAAACUUUUGUACUGGGCAUUUACAACAUGUGCUUUCUUUACAGACAUCAAGCUCAUUAAUAUUGCUUAGAGGAAUAUUGGAAUUGGUAAAUUUUAAGUCACACAAUUUCCAAGUAUUUAUUUUAAGAGCAUUUGGAAUGUAUGUUCAUGGUAUUCAAAUCUUAGAUUUUGCAAGACACUUGGGAUACUUGGGAGCCAUAGGUUAUUUAUUCAUUUACUGGGUAAUGUGUGUGUGUAUGGAAGGAUAAGGAAUAAACUCACAUUUAAAGCUUUGGAUAAAAGAGUAUGCUAUGUGUUACAUGAUUCUUAGCAGUGAUGAAGCAGUGGGGUAGAAAAAUGUUUUCUAUUUUAACUGGAAGCACCAUUUAUAGGAAAUUGAGAUCUGUGGCUGACUUAACUGUAUUUCCUAAAAAUGAUUACUAAGAAUUAUUCAUUCAACUUGGAUCUAAUUAAUAAAUAUCACAUAUUUACCCACCUGUUAAUUACAUAUCUGGUUCUGUAGGGUCAUGUCUGUGCAAAGUCCAAAAGGACAUGCCUAAAGGGCUUUUUUUCUCUUAGGCUUAGAAUGGUUCCUUGCUUCCUCUUGAGAAUCCGGAUAGGGUUGUUUCUGUGUGUAGUUCCAUCAAUUAAAACAUAACUUAGGUGAACAAGUUUUCAAGCAAAUUCAUACAAUCUGAGAUCAGGGUAUUCUGAUUUUUAAGUAUGAGUAUUAUGAUCAAGGUCUCUGGAGUAGUAUCAGUGUUUACAUUAUGUAAAAUUGUUCAAAAGCAACUUACAAUGGGGGGACUGAAUGGAUGAUACCAGUAAUCUGACCCCUUAGUCUUUUUACUGGUUGAGGCCAAAUAUGUACAUUACAGUUUCAUUUAAGAGGGUAAGGGGACUAAUGUGAAGCUCUUUGUAAAGGCAAAUGUCUGCUG